AUGCGUUUUGGGGCUCAUUGCGAUUGCGCUCUGGCUAUCUUGAAUUUGUCCCGCGGAUGCAUAUGAGAGGGGGGAAGCUCUCCUGUUUGCAAGCGCUGCAAAAGUGAGCAUGACUCGAGGCGAUGCGCACCGCCGACAGUCCUCACAAGCGGACGUGGUGAGCGAAACACAUUGUUGAGGACAAGGAGACGAAAGUGCAAGCUGCAAACCCUCAGCACAAGUCAGUAUUUCCAGUAUUUUUGGAGCACACGCCUCCAGAAAGCUAAUCGGAGGAGGUCGCGUGCGGGGUACGCCGUCUGCUCGCUAUCUGCCCGGCUUCAGACGCUGCCGUGCGCUCCGGUGAUGGACCAGCUCUGGUGAUCAGGAGAAGAAGACGAGCCUCCCUGGACGUCAACAAGUCCACCGUGCUUUGAGAAAAUGGGCUGUUUUUACAUUGAGGAGAGGAGGGCAUUGUAACACCAUGGCAGGGGUACACGCUUCAGAUGUUGUGUCGGGACAUUUUCUGGAUCCUAACAUCGGCUCCCCGCCUGCCCAGGGCGCGACCAAUACAGCGGGAAUCACCGGCGAAGCGGCUGCGUUGACUCUCACCGGUACCCGGGCGUACUUGGAGGUGUCGGCCGCUGCCCACGGCUACGGGGCCGAAGGAGUUUACACCAAUGGACGGUACAGGGAGCACAGCAGUCCAAGGAUCGGGAGUGGCAGCCGUGAUCAUUCCGCAGAGAGAAGUCAGGGAGCUGGGAACAUACCUUGCGGCAUCAUGAAGGAUUGUUCCAAACAGAGGCAGGUGAGGAAGAAAACGGUAUCCUUCAGCUCAAUGCCAAGUGACCGCAAGAUCAACAGCACAGCUGCAUGCAUGGCCUUCAUGAUGGAGGGUUGUGAGAUGAAAAAGGUGCGCUCCAACUCGCGCAUGUACAACCGUUAUUUCCUGCUGGAUCCAGACAUGCACUGGCUCCGUUGGGAGCCAUCUAAGAAAGAUUCAGAGAAGGCAAAACUCGAGAUCAAGGGCAUUAAGGAGGUCCGUUUGGGAAAGAAAACUCCAGUUCUGCGCAGCAAUGGUCUCUCAGAUCAGUUCCCUGAUGAAUGCGCCUUUUCAAUCAUCUAUGGGGAUAACUAUGAGUCCUUAGAUUUGGUAGCCAGUACAGCCGAUGUUGUCAGCACCUGGGUAAUGGGCUUAAGGUAUCUGGUGUCUUAUGGACGACACACCGUGGACAUGGUAGAACCAAGCCAACCCAGUCUACGAACGUCUUGGAUUGGCUCAGUGUUUGAUCUAGCAGAUAUGGAAAAGGAAGGACACAUAGACCUGUUCAGGGCCACCCAGAUAAUCAAGGGACUCAACCCUGGAAUGAAAGAGUCUAGGAUAGAGCUGAAGUUCAAGGAACUCCAGAAAGCAAAAGACCAAUACGGAGAAGCAAUUAACAUGGACACCUUUGUGGAGGCCUACUGUGAGCUCUGCACACGACCAGAGAUCUUCUUCCUACUGGUACAGUUCUCCAGUAACAAGGAAUAUCUGGACAGUAAAGAUCUGAUGCUAUUUGUGGAUGUGGAGCAGGGUGUGGAAGCUGUAACGGAGGACAUGUGCAGGGAUAUUGUUCAGAAAUUUGAGCCAUCCGCCGAAGGUAGGGAGAGGGCCUACCUCUCCAUUGAUGGUUUUACCCACUACCUCCUCUCCUCUGAAUGCCACAUCUUUGACCCCCAACACAAACGUGUGUGCCAGGAUAUGAACCAGCCUCUGUCCCACUACUACAUCAACUCGUCACACAAUGCCUCACUUCUGGAAGACCAUUUCUGGGGUUCAGCAGAUAUCAGCAGCUACAUCCGAGCUCUAAGAAUGGGCUGUCGGAGCAUUGAGGUCAUUGUAUGGGAUGGCCCUGAUAAUGAACCAGUGGUGUAUGUGGGUAGUUCUGUAGCCUCACAUCUAGCUUUCUCUAAAGUCCUGGACAUCAUAAACCAAUAUGCUUUUGAGAGCUCUGAGUAUCCCCUGAUUCUCUGCUUAGUAACCCACUGCUGCAUCCCCCAACAGAGGGUCAUGGCACAGCAUAUGAAGAAGAUUAUUGGGGACAGGCUGUAUGUUGAACCCCCAAACAAGGAGGACAACUACCUCCCAUCCCCUGAGAAACUAAAAGGUAAAAUCCUCAUCAAGGGUAAGAGACUACCGCCCAACUGCACUGACGUUGAGGGUGAUGUGACUGAUGAGGAGGAGGGUCUGGAAAUGUCUCGAAGAGUGGGAGCUAAUGAGAAGGACCAGCUAAAUGGCUUGGGUUACAAGAGACUUAGACUGUGCAGGGAGCUCUCUGAUGUAGUAUCUCUCUGUAAGUCAGUCCAGUUUCGAGACUUUGAGAUCUCUAAGAAAGACCAAAAGUACUGGGAUAUUUGCUCCUUCAAUGAGGUAGAUGCAAACCGAUUUGCCAAUGAGUUUCCAGAGGAAUUUGUCUGUUAUAACAAGCGCUUUCUCUCCAGGGUAUAUCCCACACCUAUGAGAAUUGAUGCCAGCAACAUGAACCCCCAGGACUUUUGGAAGUGUGGCUGCCAGAUUGUGGCCAUGAACUACCAAACGCCAGGCCUGAUGAUGGACCUCAACCUAGGCUGGUUCAGGCAGAAUGGUAACUCUGGGUAUGUUUUGCGGCCAGCCAUCAUGAGGGAGGAGGUGUCUUACUUCAGUGCCAAUGCUCGGGACUCACUGCCAGGGGUGUCUGCUCAGCUUCUUCACAUCAAGGUCAUCAGUGGGCAGAAUCUGCCCAAGCCUCGCGGCUCUGCAGCUAAGGGUGACGUUGUGGAGCCCUACAUAUAUGUGGAGAUUCACGGCAUCCCGGCUGACUGUGCUGAGCAAAGAACCAAGACUGUUUCCCAGAAUGGUGACAACCCUAUUUUUGAUGAGAGUUUUGAAUUCCAGAUUAAUUUACCAGAACUUGCAGUGCUGCGCUUUGUCGUGCUGGAUGACGACUACAUUGGAGACGAGUUCAUUGGCCAAUACACCAUCCCAUUUGAGUGCCUACAGCCAGGCUAUAGACAUGUCCCCCUACAAUCUCUGACAGGAGAGUUCCUACCCAACACCACCCUGUUUGUCCAUGUAGCCAUCACCAAUAGGCGGGGUGGAGGAAAGGCUCAUAAGAGGGGUUUGUCUGUCAGGAAGGGUAGGAAGGCCCGGGAGUACACCAUCACCAAGACUACAGGGAUCAAAGUACUGGACGAGCUCUUCAGAGCUUCCACCCAGCCCCUCAGAGAGGCCACAGACCUCAGAGAAAAUGUGCAGAAUGCCAUGGUGUCCUUCAAGGAGCUCUGUGGCCUGACCCCGGCGGCGAACAUGAAGCAGUGUAUCCUGACGGUGUCUACCUGGCUGAUGAACAGCGAGAGGUCACUGAGGGUCACGGUGGACCUGAGCGAGACUUACCCAACCAUGGAGGCUCAGGGUCCUGUGCCUGAGCUGCUGCGCAAAGUGCUCAACGCCUACGACAUGAUGAUCCAAACCAGCAGAACACUGAUCGAGUCGGCUGACGUCGUCUAUUGCAAGCUCACACAAGCACAGCGGGCAGGUCUGGACUUCCAUGAGGACUUGCAUCGCAUUGGAGUAAAGGAGGGUCUGAAAGGCCGCAAACUCCAGAAGGCCAUGGAGAGCUACGCUUGGAACAUCACUGUCCUCAAGGGCCAGGCCGACCUGCUGAAGCACGCUAAGAGCGAGGCGCUGGACACUCUGCGUCAGAUUCACUGUGCAGCUCAGUCCUGUGGUCUCAGUAAGAACGGAGCAGCUUCCCCACAGCUCCAGCACCACCCUCACCACCAGCCACAGCAGGUGCAGAUACAGCAACAGCCUCAGGCCAAGACCCACCCACAGCCUCCACCUCUGCACCAGUCCCAAACUCAGCCCCAAUCCCAGACAGUACCUCAGGCUUAUCUCCAUCCUCUUCCCCAGCAACACCCCCAGCAACAUCCCCAGCAACAUCCCCAGCAGCAUGCCCAGCAACAUCCCCAGCAACAUCCCCAGCAACAUCCCCAGCUACCAGCUCUCCCUCUGGUUCAAACUCUUUCAAAACCCCCAGCCUAUACUCAACCCCCACCGCUAACACAGCUCCAGUUUCAGUUUCAGAGCCAGCAGCAGAGGGCAGCAGGACCUCCGGACGCCGUCCCUGACAAAGAGAAGGUCCGUGACGAUCCUGCAGGAUCCUGCUGACCCGCAGCCUGUGCCCACAGAGAAUCCUACCCAAAGAGAGACAGAGAGAGCGAGAUGGAGAUGGUGAAGCAGAAGAGUGUAGAAGAAAAGAAGGAGGCCAGUAACGAAAGGGAGAUGGAGGAAGUGGCUGAGAGAAUGAAAGAGAUGAUGAUGGGGCGGAAGGCUUGUCGUGUUAGAAGCGAGACACAAGUGUGAGAGCAGGUUUGAGUUGGCCAGAGGGCUGAAGGAGAAAAAGAAAGACAGACCUCACAAACACACAUUUCUAAACAGGGCAAAUUUACUUCUCUGAAAAUAAUCUUCCAUCUGAACCAGGAAGUUCAAGACCUUCUGUCUUCUCUCGUGAAAAGCCAAAAGUAUGAAAUCCCUGAGAGGCAAGUGGGGAAACAAAAAUUUUGCCAGGAUAAUCUUUCUAACUCCUUUAAAAAAAAAAAAAAAUCACCUGUGAAAGUUUCAUUUCUUUUGCUGUCAGGGUCAUUUUUCUUUUUUUCACAAGGUACAAAUAUUGUGUGUUAGUAAAUUGUUGUUGUCUUAAUUUUAGCUAGAAAUGUAUUUUUAUAAUAUCAAUAUAUAUACCUUGUGUUUAGAGUGCACGGAGAAAUAAAAAAAUGCUUUUAGUCCUAUUUAAAACAUAGGGUCGUGGUGCACUUCUGCCUCUAGUGGUCAAAUGAGUAUUACAACAACAAACACUCCAGAAGAGAUCCUGACGAAAGAAAAAUGUUUUGACCUGCAAAGACUUUUUUUCCACCUGUUUUCACAAAAGGAAAAAUAUUCCUGACAAAAAACUAAAAUUCACACCUGGCAGCUUCACACAGGUGAAACUUACAAAGAUAAUCCUGGCAAAACUUUAUUGUUCACCUCGGAGCACCAGAUUUGUUUUUCUCACGUGCAUCUCAGGGCUUCCAUACGAAAGGGUAACAGCUGGUAACAAACGUGUUGUGUGUGUGUUUCUGCAUAGGAAUGUGUUUGGAAGUUGGAUCACUUAGAUGUCCCUGUCUCUCUCUGGGCAUGGCUAGUUACAUGCCCCUCCAUUAUGUACUCUAGCUCUGUGGGUACAGGCUUUACCUCACGUUGGCAUUUUCUGCCACAAAUUUGCCUUUUCAUUUCCAGAGACUCCUCGUGUCUUUGAAGCUUUUAUUUUUUUAUGCUCACACUCUUCCUCUUCCAUCUUAGACGUAAAAGCGAAGUGUAAACCCUCACUCCUUUCGAUGAAGAGGAAGCCAUCUUCAUUUUAAGUGCACAAUGUAGAUCAGUUUGAGUAGGCUGAGCUCUGUGGGCGUCACAGAUGUCCAUUUCAGCACAAACCAGGAAGCUGUAGAGCCAAACUGGAAAUUCAAACUGCAGCUGUUGAUGUGUUCAGUCACAAUGAUGCUCUUCUCGCGUCCCUCGCUGUUGUCGACCUCCAUCGAGUCCCACACAUCUCCAGUGUCAUUCCAUGGGAUUUCAGUUAUUCAGCGUUCCUGGACUCUCCCCCACAGGGUCUCCUUGUCUCCUCCCCAGGGGCUGUGUGUGUGACGUUACGUGAGUCGGUGUUUUGGUCCCCAGGGUGGAGCUCGCCCGUGUGCGUAAGUGGCAGAGCUCACCAGCCAAUUGCUACUGGAAUAUUUUUGACCGUGCCUGUUAGAGGUCAAAGGUCAACAUGAACAUGUUACUGCUGUCAAUAAAAACACAAAAUAAAGUGAAUAUAGAUGUAAAACUGUAUGUAAAAUGUACGAAGGGAACAUAUAUUGCUAUAUUAAUUCUUGCAGACGAAGACAUUAAUGAUUGAUAUUAUAAUAAUUGUUGUUAGUUCUAUUGAUAUUCUGAUUCUUUUCUUUUUUUUUUUAAACAUUACUUCCACAUAUACAGUGAUUUGACACCUGUUGUUCUGUGGUGCAGAUCAGGACAACCAGUGCAUGUGGGACUGGAACAAAGGAUUACUGGUCAGCGCCACAACACCAGGGUCAAACAAUAACCUGACGUGUGUUUCACUGCAAAGUGAGUGUGGAUUCUGUGAGAGCUCCUUUAAGUGGCCCAUUAAAACUGGCUUCAUUGUUUA